CCUCUCUCUGUCUGAAUGAAGAUUGAGCUUCGCUCUAGACUGCAACUUCCUCCUCUGUCCAUCAUCUGACGUUAAAAGGGGAACGACCUACAGACGAAUCUCAAACCGAAGAUCUGACGGAGUCACUCAAGUUUUUGUUUGUUUUUUAUUUUGGCGACAGCCUUCUAACGCGGAAUGAGAAAUAUUGUCCAUUCUGCCAGCGUGACUGUGAAAGCAUCACGACACCGACGCGUUUGAAGCAGUUGUAACUGAGUGAGUACCUCGCCAUUCCCGGCGGGGAGACCCAGUCACCAAACCGGAGAGACGCAAGGGAUCCAGGAUGGAGAAACCGUGGAAAUGUGGGGACUGCGGGAAGGGGUUCAAAGCUCCGUCCAGGCUGGAGAUCCACCAGCGGGUCCACACCGGGGAGAGGCCGUUCUCCUGCCCCGUCUGCGGGAAGGGAUUCACCAACUCGUCGUCGCUGGUGACCCACCAGCGGGUCCACACCGGGGAGUGGCCGUUCUCCUGCUCGGUGUGCGGGAAAGGCUUCAGUGAUUCCUCCCACCUCCUGAUCCACCGGCGGGUCCACACCGGGGAGAGGCCGUUCACCUGCACCGUGUGCGGGAAAGGAUUCAGCAACUCGUCCGCCCUGCUGACCCACCGGAGGGCCCACUCCGCCCACAGGCUCCCCGCUCGGCCGGCCAGCGGGAAGGGGUUCCCCGCCUCUCCCGUCCCUCCGGCUCACGGGCGGCUACAGUCCGGGGAGAGGCCGUUCUCUUGCUCCGAGUGCGGGAAGGCGUUCAGCCGGUUCUCCCACCUUCAGACCCACCGGCGGGUCCACACCGGGGAGAGGCCGUUCUCCUGCUCGGUGUGCGGCAGGGGCUUCGCCCAGUUGUCCCACCUCCUGACCCACCGGCGGGCUCACACCGGGGAGAGACCGUUCAGCUGCCCGGUGUGCGGGACGGGAUUCAGCGAGUCGUCCAGCCUGCAGAAGCACUGGCGGGUCCACACCGGGGAGAGGCCGUUCUCCUGCUCGGUGUGCGGCAAGGGCUUCAGCCAGUCCAGCACUUUGCUGGCUCACAAGCGGGUCCACACCGGGGAGAGGCCGUUCCCUUGCUCGGUCUGCGGGAAGGGCUUCACCCAGUCCUCCAACCUGGUGAGGCACCAGCGGGUCCACACCGGGGAGAGGCCGUUCACCUGCCCGGUGUGCGGGAAGGGCUUCACUCAGUCCUCCACCCUCCUGAAACAUCGCGGCCGACACGCGGAGUAG